AUGCCCCUUAUGUCAGCAUCAGUUCUGCUUCUCGUUGUCGGGGUAGCAGUCGUGAUACCACGAGCGCCGCCAAUGCAGUACAACGAUAAGCCGGUUGCUCAAGUUGCGAAUGCUACGAUAUGGUCGCAGCUGGUUAUGGGAUGGUGCUGGCAUGUCAUCAAAGUAUGCAAAAGCAAUCAAGAUGCAAAUCAAGACGACCUCGAUGAGCUCCUACCCGAGAUGCGGGCUGAGCAACUUUUUCUGGAUAUGCAAGCAACUAGAGGGAAAGGCUUGCUCAUGGUCCGCUUGGCAAAGCUCUUUCGUGGCUACUUGCUUGCCGAAACUAUCAUGUGUCUUGCUGCUGCAGUCUUCACCUUUGCACCAAACUAUUUCCUCUUGGAAAUUAUCAAAUUUGUCGAGCGACCCACAGCUGCCUGGCGUGGCGUGGCACUUGUGAUCGGCCUGAUCCUGACUGGACAGGUUCAAGGCUUACUCACUGCUCAAAUAUGGCAUAUCUCUGCUGUUCUCAUGCAGCAACAGAGCAGAGCAGCUGUCAGCAUCGAAGUUUACGAGAAGACAUUGAGGAAGCGCAACAAGGUUGGCCAAAUUGAAGAAGAUCAAGGUAGCAAACAGAAUGCCGUCAACUUGAUGAGUCUGGAUGCAGAUCGAAUCAGCACAUUUUUCUCCUACAGUUCCUUCUUGGUUCAAUCGCCCGUCGAGAUUGUCAUUGCGCUUGUAUUUCUAUACCAGCUGGUUGGAUGGACUGCCAUGCCUGGUGUCGCCGUACUUUUGCUCUUUCUGCCCGUUACCGCAUGGACUUCGAAGUUGUACUUUAGCUCACAAGAGAAACUCAUGCAUGUGCGAGACAAGCGAAUCGCACUCAUGCAGGAAAUCCUGUCUGGACUCCGGCAAAUCAAAUUUCAAGGCAAUGAACAGCAUUUCAUCGAGAAAGUUGGCAAGGUCAGAGCAAAGGAACUAUGGCAGCUCACAGUGUCUUACAUUGGCUAUGUUUCAGUCGAAUUCGUCUACAUCAUAGCCCCUGUGUGCAUCAUCAGCAUCACCUUCGCAAUCUACACGGUCUAUGUCGGCAAUUUGACGCCAAGCAUUGCAUUUACUGCUAUUGCUGUCAUGCAACAAUUGCAGUUCGCCAUGAAUAUCAUUCCUGAGAUUGUGGUGGACGCCAUCACUGUUUGGACAUCUGCACGCCGUAUCGACGCUUACUUGGCUGAAGAUGAUUUGCCCUCUUCAACGAGCGGUGAAUCAAUCGUCACGAUAAGAAACGCUGACUUAUCUUAUGCUGGUUCCAAGACCGAGGGCAAUCCCCCCAUCUUACAAAAUAUCAGCGCUUCAUUUCCAGUAGGAGAGCUUUCUGUCAUUACUGGCAAUACUGGAUGUGGAAAGACUUUACUGCUUACAGCAAUCCUCGGAGAGGCUCUGGUACUGAAAGGAUCUGUUAUGGCACCACGUUCGCCACAACAAGAGCACAGUCUCUUUGUCGCUCCCGGCGACUGGGUCAUCCCAGAGAUGAUAGCUUAUGUCGCGCAGACCGCUUGGCUUGAGAAUAAGAGCAUCAAACUCAACAUUUUGUACGGUUGUCCAUUUGUCGCAUCUCGGUACGCUCAAGUACUUGAAGCCUGCAGUCUCAAGCGUGAUCUUGAGAUUCUCGAAGACGGUGAUGAAAGUGAAAUUGGCGAGCGUGGUUUGAAUUUGAGCGGUGGUCAAAAGGCUAGAGUCGCACUUGCUAGAGCGGUCUACUCUCGAGCCGGGGUCGUGGUCAUGGAUGACGUUCUCUCUGCGCUUGAUGCGCAUGUGGCAAAGCAUGUUGUUGAGAAGUGUUUGAGUGGGUCUUUGAUGCGAGGAAGGACUCAAAUUCUCGUCACGCAUCAGGUAUCGCUUGUGCUUUCUGUCGCAAAGUAUGUGCUAGCCUUGGAGAAUGGUACCGUGAAGCAUGUUGGACCGGUCGAUGAGCUCAGGCGGACUGGGUCUUUGGAACAGCUCGUCGAUUUGUCCGUCAAGCAAGUCGUCCAGGAAGAGGAGGCAAUUGAGCAAGUUGGCAAGCCAAAAAAGUCGACUGCCAAAAAGUUGGUACAAAAAGAGGUCAAGUUUGUUGGCAUGGUCAAGAUUCGUGUCUACUUGCGCUUCAUCCGGGCUUUGGGGCCUUGGCCGUUCGCUGUUGCCAUCCUGGUUCUCAUUUUAGCAACGUUGUUUCUCGAUGCGGCAUGCUCAUAUUGGCUGCGACUUUGGUCUGCCAGUGACCCUAACCAGUACACUCUGGGACACUGGAUCGGCGUCUUUGUUGCACUCGAACUCUCAUCUGCAAUCGCGAAUCUCGUCUCGAUGGCGCUCGUCUUCACUGGUUGUAUUCGAGCAGGACGAAAGAUCUACAUGGAGAUGCUGGAAACCGUGAUGUAUGCUCCACUUCGUAUGUUGGACACUGUCCCCGUUGGCAGAUUCGUGAGUCGGUUUUCCAAGGAUGCCGAGGUCGUUGAUUCGGAUCUUGGCAAGGCCUUCUUUUACGUCUUGCAGAAUGGUGGCUAUGUUCUCCUCACGAUUGGUAUCUGCGUUGCAAUUCAGCCAGUCUUUUGCUUGCCCGCUAUCUUGCUCGUUGCCUUUGGCAUCUGGAUUGGGCGUUACUAUACCGGUGCAGCACGAGCUUUGAAGCGACUUGACUCUGUCAAUCGCUCGCCCAUGUAUGAAGCAUUCUCAACAACCAUCAGCGGUAUCACUACAUUACGCGCCUUUGGUUCCCAGACUCGCGCACUUAAGCUGUUCUUCAAGCAUGUCGACAACAUCAGUCGUGCUCGUUUCUUCAACAUGGGUAUCAACCGCUGGUUGAGUGUACGCUUCACGUCUAUUGGCAAUCUGUAUGUGUCUGCGAUUGGCCUCUUGUUGGUCCUCAAUGCCCGACAUGUCAAUGCCGGUAUGGCUGGGUUUGCAAUGUCAUUUGCCUUGCGUUUGCAGAUGCAGUUGAUGUGGGCCAUUCGACGAUACGGUGAGCUCGAACAACACAUGAAUGCGGCUGAGCGAUGUUUCGAAUACACUGAUAUGCCAACAGAGGCGCCACACUAUCUGGAAGAGCCGCCAACGGAUUGGCCUUCGCAGGGUGUCAUUGCAUUUGAAGAAGUUGAACUCAAGUAUGCUCCUGAUCUGCCCUCUGUCUUGCGCCGCAUUAGCUUUUCCAUUAGACCUCAAGAAAAGCUUGGUAUUGUUGGACGUACCGGGAGUGGCAAGACGACUUUGACGUUGGCUCUAUUCCGCUUUCUCGAAUUGCAUCAUGGGAAGAUUAUGGUGGAUGGCAUUGACAUUUCGACGCUUGGCUUGCAUGACUUGCGUUCGCGCAUGACCAUCAUUCCACAGGAACCCUUCUUGUUUGAAGGCACACUGCGGAGUAACUUGAGCGAGACUGCGACUGACGACGAACUGCACCUUGCAUUAGCACGCGUUCAUUUGACGGGCGCUGUGUUUCGCAAUCUCGACAGCCCAGUAACAGAAUCUGGCAGCAACUUUUCAGCUGGACAACGGCAGCUUCUAUGUAUGGCUCGUGCACUCAUCCGAAAGAGCAAGAUUCUUGUAAUGGAUGAAGCCACGGCGUCAGUAGAUGUGGAGACAGAUGCCUUGAUUCAGCAGACUUUGAGGGAGGCCUUUUCGGAGUCGACGUUGUUGACCAUUGCGCAUCGGCUUGCAUCCAUCAUUGACUAUGACCGUAUCUUGGUAUUGGAUCACGGUCAGGUGGCAGAAAUGGGCACGCCCAGUGAGCUGAUGGCGAAGGAGGGCGGCGUCUUCAGGGAGAUGGUGCAGGCUGCAGGAUUGGUGUGGAUUGACCCCAUCUGA